AUUGCCGGGUUCGGCGCGUUGGGAUCUUUUAAAAUAGCCGCACUUUUCCCGACAGUAAUCAUUCAGUUUACGACGGCCAAGUUGUAGCUCAUGCCGGUAUUGUGCGGUUUCGUUCACAACUAGAGUGAACUGUGAGGUUUCACUACGGCGUUGUCAACAUGUGCAAUCAGACGGCGAUGAGCCCGGAAUGUAACGGGAGUUUCUAUGAAUUCCCGGAUUAUAUUGUUAUCGAGGAUGCACCGCUGCCGUUGUCCUUCCGUAUCAGCGCGACGGUGUUGCAUGCUUUGAUUUUCUGUGUGGGCUCCGUGGGGAAUGUACUGCUGAUCUAUGUCGCCCAACGGGCCAUUGCUCUGCGGACACCGACCUACAUUUAUCUGCUGUCGUUGGCCUACGCUGACCUUCUGGUGAUUUGCUGUGCCAUUCCGGAAGCCAUACUGUCAUAUCACGUGGGGAACCGGUGGGUCCUCGGCCAGCCAGCGUGUGCCAUAUUUAUCUUUCUCAACUUUCUUGGCAUCAACGCCGGCAGCUUAAGCAUCCUGGCCUUCACGAUUGAACGCUUCAUUGCGAUCUGCCGACCGCUCCUAGCCCGCAAACUGUGCACAGUGAAGCGGACUAAGCGCAUCGUUCUUUUAUCAUGGCUGGGCACCACCCUGUACUGCUGUCCGUGGCUGGGCUUAACCGAGCUGAAACCCGACGAAGGCAACCCGGCGUAUUCGCAGUGUCGCUUCCGGUUGUCAGUCAGUGUGUACUUGAUCUUCUUCCUGGCGGAUCUCGUGCUGUUCUACAUUGUCCCGUUGGCGGUGGCUGUGGUGCUGUAUACGCGGAUUAGCCGUAUUGUCAAACGCCGGGGUUACUUUUUUCGUCGGGAGGAUUCGGGGAAAUGGCUGUCGGUGGUGCAGCUCAACCAGAUGAACGGCUAUGAUAGUCCCAUGGUGGAUCUGCAUCAACCGUUUGCCGCACUGGAGCAUCCGGAGAUGUCGGUAAAUCAAUCUGGAAAAGCGGUGCAGCAGAUGUUGAUCGUGGUUGUGGUGUUGUUCGCGGUAUCGUGGCUGCCUUUCCGCGGUAUGCUAGUGUACAACAGUUUUGCCGAUGAGCCAUGGCUGGAUAUAUGGUACAUGCUCUUCGCCAAAACACUCAUCUAUCUGAAUUCUGCCAUCAAUCCGUUCCUCUACAAUUUCAUGAGCCACCGCUUCAAAGCCGCCGUCCGUCAGUGUCUGUUUCCGGACAAUAAGAAAGCCAAGGUCUUGGCCACGGUCUACAGAAAUCCGUUAGGAAGUACUGCCAGCAACACACGCUGAUCUUUUUUUUGUCCCGAGCUGUGGUCAGACGAUGCUUCUAUUGCAUUUGUUGACAGCGGUGCUAAUAAGCCGAACUAUGUGGGGAAAUUCUCUCGAAGAAUGAGCUUUCUGUUUAAAAAUAAUUUAUUUGAUUUUUGUU